ACAAAGUAACACUAUUAUAUAAAGGAGAGUGUUUUUAUCUUCAGGGCUCCCGUCGAGGGGGCGGUGGCUGAGCGCGCCUGCGUCAUGACGUCACUCGCUUCGCCGCUGAACUGGAGAGGCUCGAGCGCAGCAGGUUAAACCCGGCGGACUCGGAGAAGAGGACCGCGGCGCAGCGGAUCUGUGAUAGCUGUACGCGGCCAGGAGCAGCAGACAUCGCUUCCUCCCUUUCUCCUUCACUUCUUUCUUUUAUUAAAUCUUUUUUUUUUCUCUGCACUGUUGCUCUGACCUCAACAGUCAAUGUUUGUUGGAGAGGAAGCGUGCACAUAUAGACGGAGCGUUUGAGAGCAACAAUGAGCACAGCCAAACCCUCGGGACUGAAAGCACCCAGCAAAAUCAGCAGGCCAUCCACUGCUGGGCUCACGAAGACCUCUCCUUCUGUCGGUUCUGUUAAACCAGCUCAAGCUGACAAACCCUCAGCCUCGGUCCCGGAUGCAGGAGAGCAGUUCAAGCUGGGCGAUCGAGUCUGGGUGAAUGGCAACAAGCCGGGCGUCAUUCACUUCUUAGGAGAGACCCAGUUUGCUCCGGGCCAGUGGGCUGGAGUCGUGCUUGACGAGCAUAUUGGGAAGAACGAUGGCUCGGUGUCAGGUGUGCGCUACUUCCAGUGUGACGCGCUUCAGGGUAUCUUCACACGGCCCUCCAAGCUGUCCCACACAGAAGGUGAGGCGGACGAGACAAUGGCUUCUCCUCCGUCCUGUGCUGCUCCAGCGUCUGAGCUGCUGCGCUCCAGGAGUGAGUCUGUGUCCAGCCUGUCCGAGUCCGGCUCGCUCCGGAAGGGAGAGCGCGAGCUGAAGAUCAACGAUCGAGUGCUGGUGACGGGCUCGAAAACUGGCGUGGUGCGUUUCUUGGGUGAAACAGAUUUUGCCAAGGGAGAGUGGUGUGGAGUUGAGCUGGACGAGCCCUUGGGGAAGAACGAUGGUACUGUGGCUGGAACCAGGUAUUUCCAUUGUCAGGCCAAGUAUGGUCUGUUUGCUCCUGUGCACAAGGUGACCCGGAUAGGUUUUCCCUCCACCAGCCUGGCCAAAGCAAAGAGCACUGCACCGAAGACAGCCAGCACACCAUCAGGCCUGAAACACAGCCCCAGCGCCUCCUCCGUCAGCUCCAUCAGCUCCCUGACCUCCUCUGCUGGUGGCAAGCCCAGCCGAACAGGACUGCUGGCGGAGACGUCUGCGCAGUAUGCGAGGAAGAUCUCCGGCACCACAGCCCUGCAGGAGGCGCUGAAGGAGAAGCAGCAGCACAUCGAGCAGCUCCUGGCCGAGCGGGACCUGGAGAGAGGAGAGGUGGCCAAAGCCACCAGCCACGUGGGAGCGGUGGAGCAGGAGCUGAGCUUACUGAGAGAAGGCCAGGAGCAGUAUGUUCUGGAGGCCGGAGCUCAGAUGGACCAGCUGCGAGAGCUUGUGGAGGCUGCAGACCGAGAGAAGAUGGAGCUGCUCGGUCAGCUGGAGGAGGAGAAGAGGAAGGUGGAGGACCUGCAGUUCCGGGUGGAGGAAGCCUGCAUCACCAAAGGAGAUCUGGAGACGCAGACGCAGCUGGAGCAUGCCCUUGUGAAGGAGCUCGAACAGAGUCUUCUCUUUGAAAAGACCAAAGCUGACAAUCUGCAGAGGCAGUUAGAGGACUCCCGGGUGGCCACGGUCUCGGAGAAGUCCCGUAUCCUGGAGUUGGAGCGGGAUCUUGCCUCGCGGGACAAGGAGGUAGCAGCUCUCCGGAAGUCUCUGGAAGCGGUGUCAGGACAGGGCGGUGUUCCUGCUCUCCAGGAGGAGCUGUGCUCCCUCCACACGCAGCUGGAUGCUCAGGGCCACCGUCACCAGGAAGAGCUGGACUCACUGCACAAGAUGCUCGCGGCUCGAGAAGAGGAACACCGUCAAUCUCUGUCACAGCUCCAGUCAUCCUCCGGACGCUUGUCGAAGGAUAACGAGCAGCUUUUGAGUCAGCUGGCCAAAUCUAAGGAGGAGAAUUCAAAUAUCGUUGAGGAGUGGCGUGCUAAACUAGCGUCAGUCGAGGCCUCGCACCAGCAAGCCUUGGAGCAGCUCAGAGCCUCAGACACGUGUGAGCUGCGUAAAGCUCUGGCUAACAAGCAUGCUUCUCAAGCCACGGGCUGCACAGGGGAAGCCAACGAUCACCAGACACAGCUCCAGAACGAACGGCUGGUAGAGACACUGCGCACCAGUCUGGAGAAGACCGAGGAGCAGCACCUGGUGGAGAUGGAGGAGGUGUUGGGGAAGCUUCACAGCGCUGAGCUCCGGGUCCGAGAGCUGGAGGACACGGGACUUAAGAUCGGCCAGCAGCUGCGAGAGAAGACACAAGAAGCUCUGGAGCAAGAAACCGCUCUCCAGACGCUGCAGUCACAGCACAGAGACAUGCAGAGGUUACUGAGCCAAAUACAGCAGGACAAGAGCCAAGCCAGAUCUCAGGAAGAAAAGAAUCUUGAGAAGACGUCUAAUGAUCAAGUCAAAUCUGCUCGGACUAAUCAAGAGUUACUGGAGGAGCUCAGGAACAGAGAGGAUCAGGUCACAUCCCUCUGUGCUGAACUACAGGAGAUGAAGAGCCACUGCGCCGCUUUACAGACAAAUCUGAACACAAACCAAGAAAGGAUACUGCUGCUGACCGAAGACAAAACUAAACUUGAGGAGGACAUGGUGGACAUGAAAUCAGCGGGAGACAGCUCUGCUCUAAUAACACAGCUGAACGAGGAGCUCAAGCAGAAAGAGAGGAGACUAGAGGAGCUUCAGAAGCAGCUUGAGGAGGACAGACGCUCUCGAGCUCAAGUCCAGGCUGAGAAUGAAGCUGAAAGCCUGGAGCACUCACCAGAAGUGCAGGAACUACAGCGUGAGCUUGAUGGAGUGCAGCAGGAGCUCGCUGUGUCUCGGGACGAAGGCCUGGAGCUGAAGACACGGAUCCAGCAGCUGGAGACCUCCAGAGAAACAGCUGGGCUCAGAAAGGAGUGUGACGAUCUCCACGAGCAGCUGAAGGAGAUGAAGAACAGGGAAAGUGAAUGUGAGGAGCAGAACGCCGCUCUCCAGCAGUCUCUCCACACACAGACUGCCCUGAUCUCAGAGAAGCACACAGAAAUAGAGUCUCUGAGGAACCAGCUGGAUGCUCUGAAGCAGCAGAACUGGGAGUAUGAGGAGAUGCUGAGAUCUGAGCAGCAGAAGAUCAGCCGCCUCACUGAAGACAUAGAGGAGCUGAAGGAAGCGGUCACAGAGAAAGCCCAGGCGGUGGAGGCUCUGAAACAUGAGAGGAAGACGCUAACCCUGGAGCUAGACUCCAGACACAAAGAUCUCAGAAAGGAGUGUGACGAUCUCCACGAGCAGCUGAAGGAGAUGAAGAACAGAGAAAACACUUUCACGAGAGAAUCAGAGACGGAGAAGGACGCUCUCCAGCAGUCUGUCCGAACACAGAGUGCCCUGAUCUCAGAGAAGCACACAGAAAUAGAGUCUCUGAGGAACCAGUGUGACAGCCUCAAUAGUCAACUGAAGAAGAUAAAAAUGAGGGAGAGCACUUUAACAAAAGAAACAGAGAAGGAGAAGGAAGCUCUCCAGCAGUCUGUCCGAACACAGAGGGCCUUGAUUCUAGAGAAGGACACAGAAAUAGAGUCUCUGAGGAACCAGAUAGCAGGUGAGAUGCUGAAGGUGCACAGGAGUGAGAGCUCUCUGCUUCAGGAGAGGAGUUCAGCUGAGGAUCAGAUCAGCGGCGCAGGACAGGACGCCUCAGAUGAUUCUGCUGUAAAAACAUGGAAGGAGGCAAAGGAGACUGCAGAGCGACAGGUUGAGUUCCUGAACUCUGUGAUCGUGGAUCUGCAGCGGAAGAACGAGGAGCUCCGAUCUAAACUGGAGAAGAUGGCAGAAGCAGCGCUCGAUGGGAACGCACUAAUUGCGUCCGAGCCGGUGCUGAAGAAGAAGCCCGCUCCGCGUCUCUUCUGUGACAUCUGUGACUGCUUUGACCUGCACGAGUCCGAGGACUGUCCCACGCAGCAGCAGACGCCGGACGCUCCACACUCCCGCCACGGACACGCCAGCCUUCAGCGGCCCUACUGUGACAUCUGUGAGGCCUUCGGACACUGGACAGACUCCUGCAAUGAUGACCAGACCUUCUAGAGUCCCUGAAUCACCACACCGGGCACUGAACACUGUUGUGAGUCUGCGUGUUUAUCACUGUAUGAGCCGAAACCUUUCAGUCUCUUUAAACAGGCUCCUGUAGAUUACUCCGUCAGAAGGGAAGAGGGUUUUAUAAAGGUUCAUUCUUUAAAGGGUGCUUAAAUGUCUUUGUUUCAGGUUUCUGGUCUUGAGUGCUGACCUCUAGUGGAAGGGAGACUCGAUUUCUCAGCCUUUCACAUGUCAGCGAGAGAAGGAUUAAUAGAAAGAGUUAAUUAUUCUAGAUUUGUGAAAAUGUAGUCAUUUCUAAACAAAGUAAAUAAAAUAAAAGUAUGUUUCAGUUAUUUAGUAUCUUUCAGAAUGACUAUUGGUAAGAUGUUCACAACUUUUGUUCAAAAAUCCAUCUUGCUGUUUUUAUUACUGUAUUAUUAUUAUUAAGUUGUAGAGAUCUGAUAAGUAUGUUUUUAUUAAAGUCGGCACAUGUUUCGCAGGUGGUUUGUGAGAUGGUUAUUUUUAUAAAGAUCAAAGGUUUUAUGGAAAUAAACAUAUAUAUAUAAAUAUAUAUAUUUUUUAAACCUUGUGUACGGCCCUAAAGAUCCUCCUGACCUGUCUGCAGAAUGUACUGUAUUUGGCUCUUGUUCAAGCCAGACAUUGUUUUUGAAAAUGAAACGGUGUGCUGAAUGAAGCAGUGAGUUACAAUAAACACUGUUUUCUAAUAAAUGUCA